AUGUCGACCAUCGCUCACACCGAGGCCCACGCCGGCGCCGGCGACGUCGGCGAGAACCCGGCCCCGCCCCAGGCUGAGCGCUACGAGGAGGGCAAGGAGGGCUCGCACAACACGCUCGACUCGAAGGACGGCCGCUCGCUCGCCAACAACAUCGCUGCCGCGUCGCGCAAGGACAAGGAGGGCGAGGACGAGUCCAACUCGGCCUACUCGGGUGUCGGUGCCGCCGAGGCCCACGGCAACAAGCCGUCGCGCGGUGCCCAGAUUGACGCCGAGAUCCAGCGCGAGGAGGAGGAGAUGCUCGCCAAGAAGCAGAACUAG